CUCCCGGCCUUGAUCCCCAUCCGUCACAAUGGCGAUCAAGCACAACAACCAGAUUCUCAACCAGCACUUCCACAAGGACUGGCAGCGUCGUGUCCGCGUGCACUUCGACCAGCCUGGCCGCAAGCACCGCCGUCGUGAGGCUCGUCUUGCUAAGGCCGCCGCCGUUGCUCCUCGUCCGGUUGACAAGCUGCGCCCCGUUGUGCGCUGCCCUACUGUCAAGUACAACCGUCGUGUUCGUGCUGGCCGUGGUUUCACCCUUGCUGAGCUGAAGGAAGCCGGUAUCCCCAAGAAGCUCGCUCCUACCAUCGGUAUCUCCGUUGACCAUCGCCGUGUCAACUACUCCAAGGAGUCCCUCGUCGCCAAUGUCGCCCGCCUCAAGGACUACAAGGCUCGCCUGAUUCUCUUCCCCCGCAAGAGCGGUCAGUUCAAGAAGCUCGACUCCUCUGCUGAGGAGGUCAACGCCGCCAAGGCUGCCUUCGCUGAGGGCAAAACCGAGGGCUUCGUUACCCGCGUCAACCCCACCCUACCCAUCAAGAACAAGUCCGCCGCCGAGGCCGUCACCGAAGUCAAGCGUGACGAUCUUCCUAAGGGUGAGGAGGCUGCCUACCGCCGCCUCCGUGAGGCCCGCUCCGAGGCCCGCUACAAGGGUAUCCGUGAGAAGCGUGCUAAGGCUAAGGCUGAGGAGGAGUCUGCUGCCAAGAAAUAAAUGUGAUUCAAUACUAAUGAUGAUCGGGUCGAUUUUCAAGUCGGGAAUUCUCAGUCGACUGUGGCAUGGCGUGGCUCCUCUUUUUCCUCUCUUACCUUUGUCUCUAACUUAAAAAGCUUCUCAAACACCUCGAAAUGCAAAUGUCCCAAGUUCAUGUCCCACCACGGCUUGCUUUCCCCCUUGUGCGCGUCUCCCGGACUCGGUUGUCAAAGUUCUCGAAUCACACAAGGCCUUGCAGAUACCCCCAUCAGAAUUACCUACAUGUUUUUCUUGAUUCGACUAGUAGAUAGUAGAGGUCAAUCUCACAUGAUCCGUAUGCCGCAGAGAAUCAGGCUGCAAAUGA